CGCAGCAAUUGGCAAACCCGCGUAGCAAAAAAAAAGCCUUGUGUGUUUUGUUGUUAUUAUUUUGAGUGUGUGCUAGCAUAUUACUGUUCAUUUAAACCGUUAAUUUUUGUUUUUAACAUAUAUACAUAUUUACAAAAACAAAUGCGAUGACGAGUAAAAGCGAUCCAGUGCGCAUUGUACUGGCAAAUCUCAUUGCCGAAUCGCAAACGCCAUAUACGCCGGACAAGAUACUCCGUGAAUUUCGUGCCACAGUCGAUAAGCGUCUCUCGGAUAGGGAUCUACUCUUUCUGCUCGAAUCCAUCAGCUGCAAGCGUCCCAAUUGUCGUGAGGUGCUCGAUGAGAUAAGCGACACCCUUGAAAGCAAGGAUCCCAUGUACGCUUUGCUGGUCUUUGCGGAACGAAUAAACGACGAAACAAUGUGGCCUUCAAAAUUCAGCGGAAGCAACAACUCGAAUCUCAACUCCAAUAGAAAUCCCGAAAUGCCAGCGUCAUUGCAAGAAUCGGAGCUAGGCAGUAGAUGUCUUCGUAAAUCCUUGGAUUUGUCCACAUCAACGCCUGUCAGUAGGCGCUUAUCGGAGGAUGCGCCAGUAUUGUCCACAAAUAAUGCUACAAGUGCUCCAACUACAUAUUCGCGUCGUCCCUUGCCUACUUUACACAAUCCCAAAGACCAUUUGGCUCAACGUGGAGAUCUAAGUGUGAUCAAGAAGCGUGUUCUGAAUGCUGUCUCGAACAGCUCGGCCCUGACGAUGGGAUCCAUAGAUCAGCUGCUCAAUAGCAGCAGCGGCGGCAACAAAACUAAAGCUCACAACAAUGCAAGCGCAGGAAGUGGUGGCCCACCUGGCGGUGGUGCUGGUGCUGGAGGAGCAGUAAGUGCUAGCAGUCGAACUGUGAAUGUAGAAUCUAGUCCAUGUAGCAGUCCCAGCGUCAGUCAUCGUUCUGGAAUUAGUAUUGCUAUCAGCACUGGCACUGGCACUGGUACUGGCACAGGCACUGGCACCGGUACUGGGACCAGCAAUGGAGGAGGCAAUAGCAGUCGUGCGCCGAGUACUGGGCAGGCAACCGGUUAUCGAUCGCUGCUUGAACGUUGCCAAUUAAACACCAACAGCAAAAGUAACAAUAACAAUAAAAAUGUUAGUGAGGGUAAGGAUGGCUUGCCGGAUGAAUAUCGCACCCAUAUGCUAUGGGAUUACUACAGAGUGGACACACCAAAUGUCACAUUUAAGCCAGAGCUGUCAGCGCUGCCGGUGGAUGCACAGCAGCGUGUUUUGCUCACCGAAAUCCUUUACAGUUUGAGUGGAGUACAAGGCACAUAUAUUGUAACAUUGCCAAAUGAUGAGCUGGCAACGGGCUUGGCCAAGUACGAGACACGGUUUAAUCUGCAUGCCCAAUUGGAUAAGUCGUUGGCCGAGAUGGUGCAAGAAAUAUUGCCAUUGGCAUCUCACUUUAUGGGCAUUCAGAAGGUCAUCGCACUGACGGAUGGACAUGGCCAGGUCAACAAUGCCCUCAAUGCGGCCUUGCAGAACAUUAGCCAUGAUUUCUAUAUGCUGCUGCAGCAAGCCGAGGUGGAGCUGAUGAAGAAUGAUUUAACAGUGCCCAAACUCCUUUACUAUCUACAACCCACCAUUUGGGUCAUAGAUGAGAUUUGGACUACGUUAGCUGAAGUGGAUUUGCAUAAUUACCAUGGCGCUGCUGUCUUAACUCAUCUCUGUGAGCGCAUCAAGCAAUUGGAGGGCGAUAAAUGUGCACAAGAAUUAAUCAUUGGACUGGCUAGAAAGGCCGCUAAGCCGUAUAUGCGUAUGCUACAGCUGUGGAUACAGAAGGGAAUCAUUGUUGAUAGAACACACGAAUUUUUGGUCGAGGAUAAUGAGGUUAUCCACAAGGAUGAACUGCCCGAGCAUUAUUCGGAUGACUAUUGGGAGAAGCGCUAUACAGUUUGCACCGAAUGUAUUCCAUCGUUCCUCGAAAAGUAUGCGGACAAAAUAUUGCGCACUGGAAAAUAUCUUAAUGUGAUUAGACAGUGUGGCAAGCGUGUGAUGCCCACGCAGCAAAUGAAUCUGGAAUUUGAUCCAACCAAUGAGCUGCACGUUUAUGUGAUCAAUGAUGCGUAUUAUUUCGCUGCUCGCAUGUUGCUCGAUGUACUGCUAACCGAGAACGAUUUGAUGGGACAUCUGCAAUCUGUGAAGCGUUAUCUGUUACUUAAUCAAGGUGAUUUCACUAUGCAAUUCAUGGACGCCUGCGAGGAUGAGCUGGCAAAGAAUGUGGAUCUAGUACUACCCAUGACUUUAGAGAAUUUGUUGGGUCUGACGUUGCGACUUUCGUCUGCACGCUGCGAUCCCUAUAAAGAUGAUCUGCACUGCGAAUUACUCACAUACGAUCUGGUCACACAAAUGUCAAAAAUAAUGAAUCAGCAAGAAGAGUACUGGAAGACGACGGAUCGUCUUGACUUGAGCGGCUUGGAAUGCUUUGCCUUCACGUACGAGGUGAAAUGGCCAGUUUCUCUGGUACUAAAUCACAUAGCCAUAACGAAGUAUCAAAUGCUCUUCCGUCAACUCUUCUACUGCAAACAUGUGGAGCGACAGCUUUGCAAAAUUUGGAAAGAGAAUUCCAUAGCUAAAAAGUUCUCGCCGCUUGCCGCUGAGCUCUAUCGCUCGGCCUUUACUUUGAGGCAGCGCAUGAUGAACGCUGUUCAGAAUCUGGAAUACUAUAUGAUGAUCGAGAUUAUUGAGCCCAAUUGGCAUAUAUUUAUCGAGAAGAUGAAGAACGUGGAAAAUGUGGAUAUGGUGCUUAGUCUGCAUCAGGACUUUCUCGAUCUGUGCCUUAAGAAUUGUAUGUUAACUGAGACAUCGCAUCUGAAUCGUGCCAUAUUCAAGCUAUGCAAGAUCUGCCUCAAGUUCUGCGAGUUCAUACAGCGCUCGCAACGUUUCUUUCUCGAUGCGGAGCUCAAGUCCAUGGUAUGUGAUAGCAGCGAUGAAAAUACGGAUCAUUCCGAUUCUGAACCAGAGACGUCGGAUCGGUUACAGGCGGAGACCACUUUGGAUGAGACGGAUACUUUUGCGGAGCGUGUUAAACGUUUCGAUUUGGAAUUUACAGGCAUGCUUAUAUCGUUCCUUAAACAAAUUAACGAUCUGGCCAAAGAUAACACCGCGGAUCGUUUCAUGAAUCUCGUGCAUCGCAUCAAUUUCAAUGGAUUUUACUCUGAGCAAAUGGAGAAGUUGUGCGUCAAGAAUGCCAUGGGCUAGGCGUGAAUCACUCCACCUCCAAUUCCACCUCCACCUUCAACUCCAAGUCAAGAAAUGAGAAUUGAGCAGACAGAAAGACAACAACAUCGAGUAUUAUCUACAAAUCGAAUUAUAUAGAAAACCAAAUUGGCAUUGCCCUUCGUGUGUCUGCUAUAUAUAGUUAUAUAUAUAUGUGUACAUAUAUGUAUGCAUAUAUAUAUAUAUAUAUAUAUGUAUACCGUGAAUAUGGAUCCAUCAACUAUCAUUCCCGUCUAUCAGCUGCUCCCACUUAUAGUUCUAA